UCCGUUAGUUAGUGAGGCGUCAAAUGUCCCAUGCGGCUUUGAACGCAGCUUACUUUACCGAGGAAAAGUGGAUUUUAAUUAGGCAGAAAAGUUUGUAAAAGUAGUUUUAUGACUCGUGUGAGACAAACAGUUAUUCGGUGCGACUUGCAGAGAACAACAGGGAUACAGGGACGAGUUUUUUCUGAACUCGGACCACUCGUUUGAACUCGGUGGGUCUCACGGUGAGUUUUGCUGUGAUUGUGGCACAGGAAGUCCCCCCAAAACCAACCAUGUCCCAGUCAGAGCAGAAAGAAACCGCAGACAAGCCGACCGUGAGCUCGGAACCGGAACCUAGAAGUGCUUCUGUAAGCCCCAGAGCAGUCUGUAGCGUGUGCAAACACUUGUACCGGGAGCCCAAAAUCCUGCCCUGCCUGCACACCUUCUGCUCCGACUGCAUCGGGCAGCUGGAGCCGUUUUCGGUGUCUCCGCGGGGCCGCUUCACCUCACCGGAGGCGGCGGAACAGCACCGAGACUCGCUCUCGUUCACCGUGCUCUGCCCCGAGUGUGACACCGAGGUGGAUAUCCCCCAGUCCGGACCGGCCGGGCUCAGCACAGACCACCUGGCGCUGGACGAGGUAUUCCUGGAGACCCUGGUGAGCGACGGCCCGCUGGGCUGCGACCUGUGCGGCGAAGGGAGCGCCGAGAGCCGCUGCGAGGUGUGCAGCCUGAACCUGUGCGAGUUCUGCCGCCAGGCACACAGGCGGCAGAAGCGAACCGCGUCUCAUUCUGUUCAGGCCGUGACGGAGCUGAAGGCCCGCGGUCGUCUCUGCCGCCCUGUCCUCUGCUCCCUUCACCCCGGGCAGGAGCUGAGGCUCUUCUGUCAGCCGUGCGACCUGCCGGUCUGUCUGGAGUGCGCGGCCACGCUGCACCGGGACCACCGCUGCUGUCCGACACACGACGUCAUCGACCGUCAUGGCGACCGGAUACGAGAGCUGGUCAGCGCUCGCCUUCGGCCUCGUCUGGAGCGACUGGAGGACUCGCUGCAAAAGGUGGAAAUUUCUCAAGAAAGUUUGCAGGUUCGAGUAGAUGAAACCGCCAAUCAGAUUAGAGCUUUCGCACGAGAGUACGCCAGCGCUGUGGAGGCUCACUGCUUGUCUCUGCUGCGCCGCCUGGAGGAGAUCAGGGUACAACGCAGAAACCACCUCCUCCUGCAGGGGGCGCAGCUGCAGCAGGCCCUGCUUGACGUCAGAGGGAGCGUGGAGUUUGCGGAGCGGCUGCUGAGCUGUGGCUCCCAUGCCGAGAUCCUCAGCGCUAAAGGAGUGACCCUGAGGAGACUGACCAGCCUGGCGGAGAGUGGGUACGACCCCCACCCAGCGACGGUUGCCCCUGACGAUGGCGGCAGUGUCUGCUUCCUGCCCAGGGAGCCGGCAGGAGAGGUGGAAGGCUACCCGCUGGUGGGCGUGAUCCACUCCAGGACAGUGGACGUCAGCAGGUGCACCGUUGAAGGAGAAGGUCUGCAGCAGGGAACGGUAGCUCAGCGGGGACAUUUCACUCUGGUGUGUCGGGACUCCGGCGGGGAGCGGUUGGCUCGAGGAGGAGAACAAGUCCUGGUCAGCGUCAUCCACAAAGAGAAGAAGAACUGCACAGUGGAGACGAUAGUUGUAGACAACAGUGAUGGAAGCUACAGCGUCUCUUACAGACCAGAGGAACCAGGAGAGUACUCUGUGUGGGUCUGUGUCAGAGCCCAACAUGUUAAGGGUUCUCCAUUUAUUCUGAAUGUGCAGAGGAAGUUCAGGCAGCACAACGGGACUUUUCACUGCUGCUCCUUCUGCUCCAGCGGAGGCGCUAAAGAGGCUCGCUGUGGCUGCCCAGGAACCAUGCCAGGAGGAUUUAAAGGCUGCGGUCACGGCCACAAGGGACAUCCAGGGAAGCCCCACUGGUCCUGCUGCGGCAGCACAGCGGAGAAGUCUGAGUGUUUGCCUCAGAGCAUACUGGCUGCAGUUUCCCCUCACAGACACCUGAGAACUGUGGAGCUCUGAUGGGAAGUGGAGGUGAAACGGCAGCAGGUCAGAGGAUCUGCGAGGUAAAACUCAGGCUGCUGGUGAACGCAGAAGGGUCCAACAAGGAGAGAGCAGGACCGUCAAGCUGCUUCUCAUUUCUUAGGCACCAAGUCAUGAGAAAUGCUGGAUUUUAUACAAACAGUGUAACUUUUUAUUUUUUUAAAUAAUCUAAAGACAAGAAAAAGAUUCUUAACUUAAUUCUUAACAGGCAACAGUGGUUGCCUGAUGUCGUACGUCAGCUAAAGUUUCUAUUUCUACAAAGGCCUUUGUGUAAAAGUUAAGAAUUCCAUGUGUGUAACAAACUGUGUGCGCGUGUCCUUGAUAAGCGUCUCAACACAGUCCAAUGGGGACGUAGUUGACUUUGACCUUGUUUUAUUUUGUUUUGUUUUGUUUCCACUGUUUUCUUGUUUCCACAAUUUAAAGUUUUUAGGGCCUGCAUUACACUUUCUGUGGUCACUUUGGUCGUCUUUAUCUUGUCAUUUGCUGUUCCUUGUUUUCAUCGUGUCACUCUUAGAUUCUGAGACAAAGUAGUCAUCAUCUAGUUUUAAUAAUCAUCAUCAUUAUGGAGGAACUGUGGUCUGUUCUUACUGCAACGUGCAUUUAUUCUCACUUUAAGAUCCAACAGUGAACUCUUAAAUGUUUCCACUAAGUUAUUUAAUUUGAACAUGACUUUUACUUUAUUAGUUAUAAUGUCUCUAAAGAAA